UUUUUCUUCUCGUCAUCAGCACCACCCAAAAAUUUUUUUUUCUUCCUUCUGUACUGCCACAUCUGAUCCCCUCUCGUUAAUGCUCACGAAAAAGACGACGGGACAAAUUAAGAUUACAUAACUCUUCUGUUCUAAGCAAAGCAUUUUAAGAUUUCUAUGGAAAUUGAGGAAAAAUCAAGGAAUAAAAAUAAAAUUUCGCGAUUCUUACAAAGUUACAAAAAUAGAAAAACUCGAGAAGAGAAGAAAAAGCAUAGUGGAAUCAAUUUUCAAGUUUAGAGAAGAAAAGUUGUGAUUAACCGUAAACAAUAACCUCUGUGCAAGUGAGGUGAUUGAUAGACUUUACUUAAAAACCAGAUUUUCUUGUCUUUUUUUUUUGUUAUUUACAUUUUGUAAAAGCACCGCGAAGCAAACAAGAAAAUUUCUUGUGGCGUUGUAUUAGAUUAGAGAAAGAAAGUGAAAAGUCGAUUAAACCGCAGAAUAUGUUUAGUUGUUGUUGUGCUAAUAAAAAAGCCGUAAAGAAGGCACAAAUAAAAGCUGCAGUAGCAGCUGCUGAUGGCGACAAAAGACUCGCUUCACAUGAAAAUGAAAGUGGAAAAAAUGAACAAGCAAAGCAAGUUCCACAAAAUUUUCCUUCUUCUGAUGUUACCUCACUGAAGUCGCCUACACGAAAUGACAAAAGCAAUAGCAGCGACGAGGACAAUAAUCUUAGUGGUUUAAUUAUCAGUGAUGGAUUAGUUGAGGAAAUUGAAAUUCAAUUACAAUUAAAGAAUCAAAUUGGUCGUAAACGAAGCAAUGAUACAACAUCGGGUUGUAGUAAUGUUACUGUCAUCGAAGGAAAUUCUCCUGAAGAUGAUGUUGUUGGUGAAGAUGAAAGUAAGAUUGUUGAAGUUCCAAAAGCUUUUGAAGAUGUGAAACCACCCAGUGCCAGUGUUAAGAACAACGAAGAGAAAGAAAAUAAUCCAACAACAUUGCCAAGUUGUUUAUUUCGGCGCGAUUCUGCGAGAGCGUCAAUUAAGAAAAAGGUUCGAUGCAGUGAAGCUGCUGAAAUUAUUCCACCGUCUGAUUACAUUAUCAUCGAAGAUGAUUGGCGUGAGAUUCCACACGAAGAUGAUGAUGAUGUGUUUAGCGAUAAUGCGCCAGUUCAAACACCGCGGGGAAACAUGUGCACUCCUUAUGUUGAACGGAAAAGUUCAUUGCCAGGACUUGAGGCUUUGCCAAAUUGGUUUCCAACCAACAGCGAUACUUGUUCAACACCGCCGACAACUCCACUUGAUGAGCUCGCUUUGAAACGACAUCGUUUCUUCUCUGAUUUGAUUGGAGCAGCACAGUCAGCUCUUGAACAUCGUGGGGGAUCGGUCGACAGCAAAGAUGUUCCUGUUUGUUAUGAAACUGAUACAGAAGCACUUGAAGAACUUAAAAAUACUGCUAUUUGUAAUCCAUCACUUAAUCAACCUAAAGAGCUUAUAAGUCUCAUUGGACGAUUGGAAACAAUUGUAAAUCGUUUAGAGCACAGUGUCCCAACUCAAGGAACAUCUGAAUCGGAAACAUCGACAAGUCCCCCGAAAGUUUCGUCUUCUUACAGUCAAACAGAUUUGACAACACUUGACGAACGUUAUUUACCGACGGUUUUACCGCAUAUCGAGCAACGUCUAGAAAAAGUUCACCAAGAACAAAGACUUUCAAAACUUCUUGAAUUAUUCAAUUGCGAGAAAGCGAUGAGUGUAAACGCAUACGAAGAUAUCAUCUUAGGUUCGUUGGCUCAAUAUCUUGAGCUUUCGAAGAAGAUUGGCGACGAUGUUGCGACACAAUCGGAUUUUGUUAAGAAAGCUUUUGAUGCUCAAUUGAAGUAUGUAACGAUGGCAAGUCAAUCGUCAGCACCUGAUCAAAGUGAACUUCCAAAAUUGUUGCAACCAACUUCGGAACAAAUCAACAACGUUCAAAACUUCCGUGAGAAACAUCGAACAUCAAAAUUCUUCAAUCAUUUGUCAGCAAUCAGUGAAAGUAUUCCAGCACUUGGUUGGGUCUGCGUGUCUCCAACUCCAGGACCUCAUGUCAAGGAAAUGAAUGAUGCCGGGCAAUUUUAUACAAAUCGUGUGUUGAAAGAAUGGAAGGAUAAAGAUGUGACUCAUGUUAACUGGGCAAAAGCAUGGGUUCAAACAUUAACAGAGUUACAACAAUAUAUCAAGCAGCAUCAUACAACUGGCAUUGUUUGGGCUGGAAAGUCAAAAGCAACAGCAAAUGGAACAUCUGGAGGCGCUCCACCACCCCCACCUAUGGGAAAUUUGCCACCACCUCCACCAAUGCCUGCUUUUGAUCCAACAGAAGCAGCUGCAAAUGAUGAACGUAAUGCUUUGUUUGCGCAAAUCAAUCAAGGAGCUGACAUUACGAAGAACUUGAAGAAAGUUACUUCUGAAAUGCAAACUCAUAAGAAUCCAACAUUAAGAUCUGGUCCAGCUCCAUUUAAAGCAACUGGACCAGCGCCUUUUAAGCCUGCAAUCGCUGUUAAGCCCAAUCAAGUAUCUAAUGAUAAGCCACCGGUAUUUAAUCGUGAUGGGAAGAAAUGGAUUAUUGAAUAUCAGAAGAAUAAUCCAAACUUGAUUGUAGAUAAUGCUGAGAUGAACAAUGUCGUGUAUAUGUUCAAAUCAGAAAAUAGCACUUUGACAGUGAAAGGUAAACUCAACAGCAUCGUGAUUGACUCGUGCAAGAAAUGCUCAGUUGUGUUUGAUAGCUUGGUUUCUUCCGUUGAAUUUGUCAACUGCCAGAAAAUUCAGAUGCAGGUUCUCGGAAAAGUUCCGACAAUUUCUAUUGACAAGACUGAUGGAUGUCAAAUGUAUUUGAACAGAGAUACUCUUAAUGUAGAAAUUGUCAGUUCGAAAUCUAGUGAAAUGAACGUCAUGCUUCCAACACCGGCUGGUGAUGAUUACGUUGAAAUGCCAAUUCCAGAGCAGUUCAAAACGGUCAUUUCCGGUAAAAAUCUCCAAACAACUUGCGUUGAAAGCUUGGGAUAAGCGAUUCACGUCAUCGAGUGUGUGUGUGACUUUUAACUCGUGAUUUUAUAUGAAUCAGCAUAAAAUAAACAUACAUAGUGUUAGAAUUUUCACAUGAAGCUAUCCAUCAUCAUUUAAGGGUCAUUUUAAAAGCUCUCCAUUUGAUCGUCUUUUUCUACUAAACCCCAAAACAUGACUCGAAAGAUUUCUUUACCUUUUUAUUUGAAAUCUUCUUUGAUAUAUUUGGCAUAUAUAUAAACAUAAAUAAGCCAUUAAGUACUAACAUUAAUGCAUAAAACAUUUAAUUCGAGUUUUUCGUGACAUGAAAAUUUCCUUUUACCUACAGAAAAUGAGAUAAAAUUUGUUUCUUAAUCAAUUUACGUACCGUCUUAAUUAAAAGAAUUUUACUUAUAGAUCGUCAAGGAAUUCUGCUUUUUGUCAAACGAUUUUUUUUGUGUAAUUCAAUUGAAGUUGAAAUAAAGUAUUUAUUCGAAAUUUAAUUACGACUUUUAUUUGCUUCAU